AUGAACUUUCCUUGUUUUCUCUCUCAGGUUGAAAAUAAUCCAAACACGUCAAGUCCAAAUCUAUUAUCGAACAAAUCUACAUUAGUCGAAACAUAUGGAGGUAAACCGGAAUUUGGACGACUAAGUGAACAUAAAUUAUUUGGUGCUCAACUUGACUUAUGGCAAACUGAUGCAACUGGAAAAUGGACAACAUUACAUUCGACGUAUUUUUCUAUGUUUAUACAAGCAAUUGAAACAAAUCAAAGUUUACCUUCGUUCAAUGAUGAUGUAACACCGUGCUCUACACGUACUAGUCGUUGUGCUGUUGGAUCAGAUAUAGACAUUGAAGAUAUUGAUAUUUGUUAG